UCCUUCUCAUCCAAACUACAUUCUCUACAUUAUGGCGCUGUGCUCAAACACAUGCCCUGCUGUAAACGUGGCGCUGAAAGUAGCGUUCUUCUUCACUUUAAACUAUGCAACUAUCACGGCAGACAUUGGACUGUCUUCAGGGAGUUUAUCCGGACUUUUACCCCCUUAUGACGAGCUCUAUUACCGAGGGGUUCGGGCGUAUUUUAUGGAGGACUGGGAGCGAGCGGCGGAGUUCAUAGAGAAAUCCAUUUCCACUCGAGACAUGCUCCUGCAAAUUAGACGAAAAUGUCACGACGAGUGUUUAACAGCGGGAGAUGACACGCUCUCCAACUUGGACCCAGUAGAGGGUAGUUUCUGGGACCUGAGGACACUGGACUGGAUGCAGCUGCGUGCUGAGUGUGUUAGGUUCUGCAUGGGUCAAAGCGUCUCUCCUGCUGGCCUGCUCCCAGUAUCUUCAGACAUUGAGUACGAGUUCGGAACACGCAACCCCUACAACUUCCUGCAAGUCACCUACUACAAGAUGGAUAAACUGCAGAAAGCCGCUUCGGCUGCUCACACGUUCUUUGUGGCCAAUCCGAGUCAUCUGGAGAUGAGGAACAACAUUGAGAAGUACAGGAGAAUGACAGGAGUGAAAGACGAAUCCUUCCAGGACAGAGAGAGAGAGCGUGAGAAACACUGGGAGAUGUAUGAUGCAGCCCUCCUGGCUGAGAGCUCGUCUGAUUGGGUGAAGGCAGUGAACAUGUGGAAAGAAUGUGUGAAUGAGAUGCUUAAGCUGACAGAAGAGUGCAGAGCUCAAUGUGUGAUGGCAUCACAGGUUCUUCCAGAAGAGACAGACUCUGUACAGGGGGCUUACGAGAGAGCUGCAGCCCUCUCUCUCUCCUUGCUGUCAUGCAAACAUAUGUGUGUGUCCUUGGUGUCGACUCGACCUGGACGGGUUUCUGCUCUGGAGGACUUCCUGCCAAUGCAGCUGGAACAUCUUCAUAUUGCUCAGUACAAAGCUGGUGACCUGAAGGGGGCAGUGGAGACCCUGCGCUCCUUGCUGCUCUUUUACCCCACAGAUUCAGACUCCCUAAGUAACCUGCAGCUUUACACCCAAAAUCUAGAGGACGACACUGUGGCUCAGGAAACAGGUCCUAUUCAGGAAAUUGCCAUAUAUGUCAGCAGAGCCCUGCAGGAGAAGAAAUUGCUGUACUUUGGAAUGGCAAACUUGGACUUUAAAUUCAAUGACCCGGAUCUGUGGACACCCGAGGAUGUUGUGCCCGAGUCACUGCGAGAAACCUGUAGAGUGGAGAAAGAACAACUUCAUGAGAAACUGAAGCAGGGAGAGAAAGUGGAAGAAGUGGAUGACAGUGGAUUUUAUGCAGGUGGUCCUGUUCCUGUGGUUGGUGUAACAAUCACUAUGGAUGAUCAGGUGCUGAAUGGGACCAAUCGUGUUGUGCUAGAUGGAGUUUUAUCCAAAUCUGAAUGUGAUCGCGUGAUGCAGCUGGCUGCCGUUGCUGCGUCUGUGGGUGAUGGUUACCGGGGACGACGCUCUCCUCACACGCCACACGAGAAGUUUGAGGGUUUGACUGUUCUCAGAGCACUUAAGUUGGCUCAGGAUGGGCUGGUUAACCAAUCAGAUGCCAGACUGCUGCAUGAGCUUGGGGAGACUGCUAGGGUUCUGAUGCAUUCGUACUUCAGAAGUCACUCUUCUCUCUACUUUGCUUACACACACUUGGUGUGCCGCUCUGCCAUCCCAGGGCACCAGGAGGGGCGUUCAGAUCUUUCUCAUCCAGUUCAUGUGGACAACUGCAUCCUGGACCCAGAAACCAGGCAGUGCUGGAAAGAACCUCCUGCUUUCACUCAUCGAGACCUCAGUGCUGUUCUUUACCUGAAUGAUGAUUUUGAAGGAGGGGAAUUCUUCUUCACUGAUCGAGAUGCCAAAACUGUUACCGCAAAGGUUAAGCCAAGCUGUGGACGACUUGUUGGCUUUACAUCAGGACCUGUCAAUCCUCAUGGUGUUACUGCAGUUGCGGCUGGUCGACGAUGUGCACUGGCACUCUGGUUCACCACUGAAAAGCACCACAGAGAUUUGGAACGUGAAGAAGCUGAAGCCCUGUGGGCAGCGGAUGGACAGAUUGUAGUAAAAGAGGAGAAGGGUGAUGGAGAAAGCACCUCAACAUCUGCCCGUAGUGGGAGAAGCCAAGUCAGAGAGAGGAACAAAGAGAGGGAAAGAGUAACAGGCAGACGGGAUGAAUUGUAAAAGUGACAGGUGAAUGAGCCAAUCAGAUGACGGACAACGCAUCUUUCUGGUGCCCAUGGACAUUGAAUCACGCUAUCAAUGUGCCCUGUCAUCUUUUCAUGAACACUAGUUUAUUUUUUUUUUAUCUGGUUGUCUCUAGAAGUGUGAAAAUCUGUACUGUGGGUGUUUGUUUCAGUAUGGCACUGUGUUAUCAUGCUGGAUGUGUUGAAAUAUGUGUUUUUUAUUAAAGAAUCAAGAAAAAGUGAAUGGGAUACUUAACUCAAGGAGAAAUUUUUUU